AUGGCAGCCGCUUCUGUGCUCCUCCAGCGCCCCUGCGCCUUUCGUCUCCUCUGCUUCGCGGCGUCGCUGGCAGCCUCUGUCGGCAGAGCUCCUUCUUGUUGGAGCUCCCGGCCUUGCCUUCUCAACCCGCCGCGCCUGAGCGUUUCGCUCCCGGGCCGCGGCGCAUCCCUGCCAUCCCUCGGCCGCCACGCGCGCCGCUUGCUGACCCAGCAACUCAAUGCACAAUGGGCAUGCCCAGGUUGGCGCCCCUCCCAUCGGCGCCGCUCCUGCGGCUCCACGUGCCCAUGCUACCAGCGCAGUCCUUUGCACACAUGCCGGGGGCAGUGGCGCAAGCGCCAACGUAGAGCCACUGUCCUCUUUUCCUUGGCGCCGUUCCUGUUGCCGUCGCCUGAGCCGUGGCACCGCUUCCCACCACUAGGGUCCACCGUACUCCGCUUCCUUACCACCAGGCGGUGGCGACGGCACUUUGGCCGCCCCUUGCUGCGCCGUUGCCGGUGGCGCUUCCCAUGCUCCCGAUGGUCAGGUUGGCCUCUCCGCGGCCGCCGCGUCGGGGAGGCAGCUCACCCCGGCCCACCAUCGGACGCGCCAACUUGCCCAUUGCCAGCCCCGGUUCCCAGCGAUCCACCCAUUUGCCCAACUUGCUUGGACCCAAUUCACUCCAGCGACUCAACCCGUCGCAGGAUCGCUUUUUGGCCAGGAUGCCAGCAUCCCUAUCACUUUCCGUGCCUCGCACGCACGCGCGCACGGCUGGCAAUGCCGUGCUGUUCCCUCUGCCGUGCGCCCUGGCCCGCUGGCACUGACCCUGAACUUGUGGAUGCCUGUGCAGCGUUGGCGGUCAACCCGUUCCUCGACUCUGACGCCGACGCGCCAAUACCGUCCCGGCCGCUCGAUCCGGCGCCAACGCCUGCCAUGCCGCGGGCCUCGGCCACUCCAGCUCCCGGUGGCCUGUGGCAUACGCGGGGCCCUCCGGCUGCGCCAGUGCUUUCCGAGCCUCCGCCGCCAGCGACCGAUGUACUUGCUCUGCCCCCGCGAGCCUCUGUCCCGCCGGUGGCGGUGUUAGACUCCAGCAGGGACUCGCGUUCCGAUGCCCUGGCGGCUCGCCCCCUUGCUCCCGCUCCUUCUGCACCGUCUAUUCAGCGCGUGCCAGCUGCUUCCUGGGACUGGCUUGAUCGCUUGGACCUUGCUUCCGAGCUAGCCACCCCAGUUCGCACCAUCCGCAGUCCUCCUCGGUUCUAUGCUGCGGCCGCUCGACGAGCGCUACUCUUCCCUUUACAGCUUCUAGCCGCUGACGCGGCCACACCCCUUCAAAGGCGACGGGGGUGGGCCCUCUUCCUGCUCGCCUCGCGCCUGCUGUUCUACCACCCUGCCGGCGCCACAGUUGGUCGGCGAGCCUUGCUGCAGCGGGCCGAUGAUUUCCUGGCCGGCUCUUGGCCUUCAAUGCUUGCGCCUGCGCACGCGCACCAACCAAGCCCUGGCCCACGUGCUCGCGCCGCGCGCACCGCUGAGGAAGAAGCUACACUGCGCCGAGCGCGUGCUUGCCGCCAGGUUGCUCAAGGGGAUCUUUCCCGGGCACGGGCCACCCUCACGGCCUCUCCGCUCGCGCCCGGCACAGCGGCCACUCUGGAGUCCUUAGUAGAUCCCGCCCGGCGUCCUCCAGCCUUGCUUCGUCCCAUCCCUGACCACAUCAGUAAUUACUGCCCGGAUGCGGCGCUGCACCUCUCUGAGCAGGAAGUGGUCGACGCGUUGCGCACAGCAAAGCGCAGCGCGGUACCUGGCCUUAGCGGCGCAACCGCCGAGCAUUUCAAACUGCUCCUCGACGAUGGCGAAACCCUCACACUCGUCGUCUUCACGGGGGCACUCACGCAAUUGGCGAAUGCCCACGUGCCGCCGGAAGUCCUCCCAGCGAUUUCCCAGUCUCGUCUCACGGCCUUAGCCAAGCCAGGUGGCGGGGCCCGCGGGAUAGCCACGGGCGAUUCGCUGCGCCGAUUGACAUCCCGCAUCUUGGCGCGCAAGUUUGCAGCAACCUUUGAUGUUGCCACGCGCCCCUACCAAUUCGCGCUCCAAACACGCGCGGGGAUCGAUGCUUUGGCUGGGUUGCUCCGUGCUGCAGUUGAUCUUGACCCCCGGACAGCGGUCGUCUCCCUCGAUGGCCGCUCGGCGUAUGAUUGCGUGUCGCGCAGCGCCAUCUUCACCGCCCUUCACACCACGGCGCCGGCCUUGGUCCCAUUUGUCCGGGCCAUUUAUGGCACACCUUCCAUCUUCCAUUGGUGGGACGAUCAAGGCGCGCACCAUGUCAUCACUCAGGGCGAGGGGGUUGAGCAGGGCGACCCCUUAGCCCCCGCGCUGUACGCGCUUGGACAGCACCAUGCCCUCGAAGUUGCUGCUGCCCAGCUCCUGCCUGACGAAGUCUUGGGCGCCUAUCUCGAUGACGUUUACAUCAUCUGCCAGCCUGACCGGGCACGGCCGGCAUUUGACAUCGUCAGCCGGGCCAUCGAAGGCCAUGCCGGGGUCGCCGCCAACUCAGGCAAAACUCGUGUCUUCACCCGCGCUGGAGGCCCAGCGCCGCCUGGCGUUGAAACGCUCGGCCCUGAUGUGUGGCGCGGUGGUGACAGCCCAGAGUGUGGCCUGGUCGCCUUAGGCGCGCCAAUAGGUAGCGCGGAUUUCGUUGCCGCCCAUGCGCACGGCCGACUUGAACAAGAAACCAGCCUCCUAGCCGAGAUCCAGCAGCUCCCGGACUUACAGGCUGCGUGGCUCCUUCUUCUCUACACGGCGGCGCCGCGCGCUGGCCACCUUCUCCGCACAUUGCCGCCCUCUCAAUCUGGAGAGUAUGCGCGCCAGCACGAUAGUGCCGUGUGGAGCUGCUUGUCUUUUCUGCUCGGUGAGCCCGACCCCCUCCCGGCCACCGCUCACGACGUAGGCUUCCUCCCCAUCCGACUAGGCGGCCUCGGCCUGUUCGCGGCUGAACGGAUCGCUCCAGCUGCGUAUUGGGCGGCAUGGGCCGAUGCCCUCCCUGUGCUGGCCCUGCGACAGCCGAUCCUUGCUGCUCGCUGCGCCGCCGAACUUACCCUCGGCCCGGAAUCGGCUGCGGCAUGCCUCCGUGAAGCGGCCGCUUCAGCAUCCGACCUCGACCGGUUUGGCUGGCAGUCGCGCCCGGGUUGGGCUGUCCUCGCGGCCAAUGCGUCGGAAGUUCCUAACCUUCGGGAACGAGAGCCUGGCAUCCCCGCGCAUGGCUGGCAACACCUCGCGUCGCUCGUUGUGCACACUUCUUUCCGAGCGCGCGAAGUUUUGCCCCGCCUCCCGCCCGCUGGCCAAGCGCUGCUCAGACCCCAAGCUGGGCCUCACGCCGGCGCGUGGCUCACCGCCAUCCCAAGCGAGGAAGGCGCUACCUUAACGCCCAACCUCAUGCACAUUGCCCUCCGGCGCCGUUUACGCCUGCCUUUGCCGCCCGCGGCCCAGCGUUGCGGGCAGGGUGCCGGCCGCCAUGGGUGCGGCGGCGCGCUGGAUCCACUGGGCGAUCACGCGCUGGCAUGCCCACGCAGCGGUCUCCUCGCACGCCGGGCCCACGUGCUAGAACACGCAUGGAUCCGUGUUGCCCGUGAGGCAGUCGGCUCUGAGGGCCGGGUGGUCCCACAGCCUUGGCUCGCUCACACCAACUUGGCGACCGCAGUGGACGACCGUCGGCGGCUUGACCUUCUGAUCCAUGGCGCAACCCCGCGUGGGGAAGCGUUGGCGUGCGACGUUACGCUAGUUUCCCCGCUCACCCGCAGUGGCCAGCCCACCCGCCAAGCUGCAACUCACGAUGGGGCAGCCCUGCUUGCCGCCCGAGCACGCAAACACCGCCGCUAUCCAGAGCUGCUUGGCGGGGGCCCCCAGCGCCUUUUGGUACUUGGCGCGGAGGUCGGCGGGCGGUGGCAUUCGGAAUGCCUGCAACUUGUGCGCCUGCUGGUCGCUGUCCGCAGCCCACGCGCGCCGCCGCCACUCCGGCAGGCAGCGGCACAGGGUUGGCAGCGGCGGUGGGGGGGCUUUCUCAGUAUUGCCCUCCAAAAGGCUGUGUGCGCCACAGCACUCGGGGUUGAGUGGAUCUCUCCACCGCUCCCCCACGCAAGCGCACCAGGCAUGGCCCGCCUCCUUGACGAGGUUCCGAUGGAUGGUGCAAGCCGCCUCCCGCUUUCGUUUCACGCCUCGCCGUAG